UUGGAUGUACUUAAAUGGUCUGAAAACCCUGCUCUCUCAUUCACAUGCUCCUCUCCUCAAGGACUGUUUAUCUUCAGGCUGCUUGUCUGUAACUUUCACACAGACAAGAAAAAUGCACAGUAAAGAUCAAAUCAGUCACGAAGACUACCAGAGGACAGCUGAUUGGCUGCUGUCCCAGACACAACACAGACCUAAAGUGGCCAUCAUUUGUGGUUCAGGCCUGGGCAUGCUGGCCGAUGCCCUCCAGUGCCAAGACUCCUUCAAAUACUCUGAUAUACCAGGAUUUCCCCAGAGCACAGUGCAGGGCCAUGCUGGGAAACUGGUGUUUGGUGAACUCAGAGGGAAAACCUGUGUGUGUAUGCAGGGCCGAUUCCACAUGUAUGAGGGACACUCACUAUGUAAGGUCACUUUCCCACUGAGGGUAUUCAAGCUUUUAGGUGUGGAUACCCUGAUUGUAACAAAUGCUGCAGGCUCCUUAGCAGACAGCUACAACUGUGGUGACAUUAUGAUCAUCAGAGAUCACAUUAACUUCCCUGGACUUGCUGGACUGAACCCACUGAAUGGCCCCAAUGAUGAAAAGUUUGGACCUCGCUUUCCCCCUAUGUCUGGAGUUUACGAUAAAGACCUACGAAAACUGGCAUUUGACAUCUGUAAGAGCAUGGGCGUGUCCCAGUAUGUCCAGGAGGGCGUGUACUGUAUGGUCGGAGGACCCAACUUUGAGACCAUAGCGGAAGCCCGACUUCUGCACAAACUGGGCGUGGAUGCAGUAGGCAUGAGCACAGCACCUGAAGUCGUGGUGGCUAGUCACUGCGGUAUGCGUGUCUUCGGCCUCUCACUCAUUACUAACAAAGUGGUGAAGAGCUACCAGGACUUCGAAAAGGUCAAUCAUGAAGCUGUGCUGGAGGUGAGCAAGAUGCGCUCAGAGACUCUACAGAAGCUUGUCACUGAGCUGGUUAGCCGCAUGGACAUCAACAACAACAUGGCAUGACGGUCAUCCCAAUCAAAUAAAUCUGCAACAACUGUAGUAAUGACAGGUUCCAUCAAACCUGCAGCUGCUCCAGCCUACUGUGACUAGAAAAAGCAGUUUGUAUUUGUUAUCACAUAGAAUAUUAUACAGAACUGCAUAUUUCAGUAAUAUCUUCUUCAAUUUUGCUUAAUGUAUUUUAAUGCAAUAGCUUUAAGGCAACUGUUCACCCACCAACUUCAAUCAAAGUCACAAAUGUGACCAACUGAGGACUCAUUUUAUGCUGACAGUUCUGCACCGUUGAUUUUUUUAAAAAUAUGCUUCAGUUUAAUAUAUACUGUACUUUUCACUCCAUUUUGGGU